AUUGUCGUGUACGCUUCAGCAAAGUAUGUGUUGCGCAUUUGUCUAUUCUGUUCUAAAAUAAGUACUGAUUACUUAAGGAUAACCAAAUAAAAAAGAUCAUGCAUUUUUACGUGUUUAAAUGUGCUUGUAUGUUUUAGCUGUCAUACUGUUUAAUCUAAGUACAACGUAACAGUUUAUUCCAUGGUUAAGUCUUUUCUUGCCUGUUCACAUGCCUUCGAUUCAUUCCCAAAUAAAUGCUAUUUCAAGGAAAUAGUAUGAUUCUAUAGAAUAAGCGACUUUCAAUGCAAAACCGACUUUCCUGGAGUCAAGCGAGAACCAGGUUAACUAAAUAAUUUUAAUAAGUAUUUUGUUUUGUCCUUCAUUUCUUCCCCUUUUGGUUUUCCACCGCAAUGAGUGGUAUUAUUUUUAUUCUUUUGUUUCGUUUCUAUUUGAUGCACUUCUAUCCAGUUUGAAUUGUGAAGUUGUGUAUUUACAUAUUUCAUGACCUUAUAUCUGUAUGUUCACUUGGGUGCAAUUAGGUAAUAAAAAGUUGAGAGGAACUUUAUUUAAAUAUCUUAUUAGUGAAGCAUAAUCUUGGAUUCGAAUGGUUCAGAUUGGUGGAUAUCAUGUAAGAAGUGGAAUAUCAUCUGGGUAAAGAACAGGACUAUUCAUAAAAUGUACAUAUAGUUGUAUAAGAUUAAUGAUAAUAAUAUUAUUAAAAGAUAUAAUAUUGUCGUGCUUUACCCUUCGUUGGAUUAGUUAGUAACGUAUCGUUGCGUAUGACCGUCAAAAAUUACCAGAAUGAUCACAUUCGCCAAAAUACAUCGACUUUGAGUGCUAGGCAUUUGUAAAAUAUACAUUCGUACGUGUAUAAAAGAUUGUUUGACUAUUUACUUGCGAUGAAGUGUUCUGGCUUGUGCAUUUCAGUCCGUUAAAUUCUAAAAUCUUGCGUAAGACCAAGUUCAUUAUUCACAACACACGAAACUAUAGACUUAUGUACUUAUUUCUACGUCGGGUUUCUGUGCUUUUAAAGCUGAUUCUGCAGUUUACUCAGUUUUUUCAGAACUCAGCAUUAAUUGAGCUUAUAAUAUUUUAGAUAUCAGUUGACUUUAUCUGUAGGACAAUUAUAAAUCAUUGUAUUUAUUCACCAUAUAACGGUUUAAUGAACUACUCUUUUCAGAACUACAGUAAAUCAGGAUUAGGCACCUAGAAGACUAGUUAAGAAGUUAUCUUUUAAAAUGUUUGAUGUCAGAACAGUUAUUUACCUGCAAGCUUAGUAUCAAUUCCAUGAGUAAUUAACGUGGCAAGAUCGUAUUUCUAGUUCUGUGAACGCUUUUUUAUUUCAAGGAACCAUAUUGGUUGAUAAAAGACAAAGAUUUCAGAUAGGUGUGUAAUAUAUAAGUAUAUAAAGGCGUACUUGUAUAUUUGGUUUUAAACAACAUAGUCCCAUGGGUUGUAUAUAUUGUCAGACUGUCCAAAUGAGUAAUUCAUGUUAGUUCGAAGUUUGUAACUCAGUUUUCAUGAAAUAUUGUAUUCAACCGUUCUUAAAUUUUAAGCUCUGAGUAGACCAAUGUUUUCGUUCUAGGCCCUGUAUUUUCUUCUGUUUCGUCUUAUAUCAUAUAUGUAGCGAAUCGACUGGACUUGUUUGAUUUAUGUCGAUGUAAAUUCACACCACCCAUUAUUUAUGUAUUUUAUUCGUCCGAAUGAUUUUCUAUUUUGUUACAGAAGCUAGUCGGACUAUGUUUCGUUUGUUAGUUCCUUUACGGUGCAAGUCGAAAAAUGUACCGAGAGAAUUAAACUUACUGCAAAAGCUAAGAUAUCCUUUAUAUUUUAGUUUCUCUUCUGGAAUUUUAUAUCAUAGUUUUAAGUCGCCAGAUAAACAUACUUGCCCAACUUUAUUUGAGAAUAAACACGAACAAAAAAAGAUCACCCAUCCUACUUUGGAAGAUAUGAUCCUUUUAUUCAGUGAUCAAGACAAUCAGUCAUUCAAUAAAUUACCUAAUGAAGCUAAAAUGGACCGGCUAUUGAGAAUUAAUCAAGAUAUUGAAGAUGAGCUACCACUGUUCUUUGAAAAAACCUUUUUUAAUGAAUUACCAAAAAAUUUGCUAGAUUCUGAUACUGUUGUUUAUUAUGAAAGAAGAAAUGGUUCCGUCUGCAGAUUGAAAGGUGAAUCAUGGAUUCGUGCUUUAGUAGUGGCUAGUCGGGCCUAUUUUUCUUUGCGUUCAUAUGGUCGUCGACUAGAAUUGACCAGUAUUUUAUCUGAUACAGAAAGAUGGGAAGUCGAAGUUUGUUUUCGAAUUGUUUUGUUACCUUCACCAUCCACAAAAGAAUCUCAUUUACCUUCAGAUAAAUUAUUAGAAAGAUUAGAACAACGAGCCCAGUGGCGUAAUUUUCGAGCUACUUUCUAUUUGUCAGAUUCCGGUAAAAUUAAUGCCAUAAAACUCACUCAGUUACUACCCCCGUUCAAGGAUUCAACUGCUUUACAUCCUUUGAAUCAACUGACAAUUAGGAAAAUCCUUGCUCCCAGUCUAUCUGGUCGACGUCGUUUACCUACUCCUACUUCCCAUGGUUUUGGACAAUUAUCAUUCCAACGUAACGAUGACAUCAGUAAUGAUGGUAAUCAUAAUGAUGGCAUUAUAUUUUGGACACUGUUUAAUGCUAAGUACUGGCUCCUCGCAGUUGAUAAGACUAUCAAACCAUUUGAUGUAGUCAUUACUUCCCUUCCCGAUGACCAAGCUCACUCUGGUGUUGUGGGAAAAAAACAAACUGCUUGCAUUUGUCUGUCAAACGAUCAUCCGACAACGUGUGACCAUACUACAAAUUAUAUACUAUCUGUUCACACUCCUUGUCAAUCGUUUUCAUUGAACUCUAUUUUAUUGGAAUUCUAUAUGAAACAUUCGCCGUCAAUUAGAAAUAAUAGUCAAACUACAACAGACAAACAACGAAGUUUGAAAAUUUAUUCUACAUCUUAUGGUUCAUAUAUAUGUCCAACUUUUUAUUCGUUAGACAAUUCAACUAAAUCAGAUCACAUUGCUACCGUAGAACAAUUCAUAUUAUCUAACUGUUUCGCUUCUUUCCCUUCAUCUAGUGAUAUGUCCUCUGUAUUUUACUUAUGCAAACUUUAUAUUUAA